AUGCAGGAGACGCCUUCUUCGCUCACUAUGGAUAACCCAAACUCUAAGAAAAGGAAUGCCGAUGGCGAAGCUAUCGGGGGAGUGCAUACCGCGAACGACUCGAGGAAGACUGACUCUAUGGUACCCGCUCCAGGAGAAGAUGAUACGUCACAACCGCCCCUGAAAAGACGGAUCCUCUCACCAAGUCUUCCAUGCAAUCAAAUAGAAGGACAAUCACCGCCUUUAUCACGCCGUGAAGUACCCACAAGCACACAGGAAUGUCACGAUGGAUGGAAAACGUUUUUCGAAGCAAUCAGUCCGAGGGGAAAGACAUAUGAUGAAGAGAGUGGUGAAGGAAAAGGGGAUGCUAUUCUUCCAUCAUCUUGGAACAACACUCCCGUGGAAGAGGGUGCAAAAACGGUGUAA